AUGAUCGAGAAAGAUACCAGCAGGUCGUCUACUACUCAUCCCGCCAACAACAUCCUCAUCACUGAGGUCCGGGAGCAUAUAGAUGCAGCUAGCAAAUAUUUGACUGAGGGUUCCACAUCAUGGAUUCUCCCCGCAUUCCUGUCUACGCGUGGCCUUGAGAAAUUGGCAGUUUGGGUGAAAACAUCGAAAAUGCCUCGGACGUUCAUUCAUAUGCCUCUGGCGGGCUACUCGAUGCAUGUCUGGAAGGUUUCUCGGCAGUGCAGGAAUUUGGCGAGAUUGUCAUAUGUGGCUGGCCCUCGUUCAAUUAGCGCACAUACGACCGUCUACGCCGUUGCCCUGGCUCCAGUUCGAGCACGCCACUGGGGUAGAGGGCUCUCGUUAGCUAGCCCUGGUGAUUGA